AGAUUUAACGAGGAGAGCCGACAACUUAUGAGUCAUCGAUAAUUAUCAUUUGUAAUUCCACCGAGUGGCGGUGUGCAUGGAAACGUGAAAAAGAUUGCCAUUCCUUCGCGAACGUGUUCACGCGACGCUUGAGAAAUUUAAACGAUAACAAAAAUGGUGGUGUGGCUAGUGUUGAUAGCAACAUCAUCAUCUGUCUAUCUGGCGGAGGCGGCUAUACCGGAUCCACCAAAUUCCAAAAUCUCCACUGUCAACCCGUCGAAACUGUCCACUGCGGUGGACUGCACCGGAAUUAUUGCCUUUUCGGCGACCCAUGCCUCUGUCGAUCAUGCCAAAGCCGUAUUCGCCGAGACACUGGUCGACAAAGGUGUGGGUUACGUACCCCAAACAGGAAUUUUCAUCACCAACUGUCCAGGCCUGUAUCAAUUCAGCUUUGCCGGAUAUGGAAGCACCGAUCUACGAUUAACUUUGAAAAAGAAACAAAACAAUUCUGACAGCUGGAGACCUGUGGUUGGCACUGGUGCAGGAGGUGGUGCUAAUUUGAUCUUGCUGGAAGUCGAUGUUGGAGAUCAGCUAGCUGUCUUCGUCGAUAGUGGAAAAAUAUCGGACGGCGUCACGUUCUCUGGAUACAGAAUUGCUAAAAUAUAAUCUACCAAUUCGUGUAAUUGAACCACCAAGACGACAACGAUCGCUUUCUUUUUAAUAAGCAAAUAUCGAAAAUUAUUUAGAAUAUUUAUCACUCGUGCAAAUCUAAAUUUGAUUUAAUUUCGAAUCGAUAAUGUGAAACUGUUUUUUUCUUCUUCUUUUUUUUUUUGAAAUAAUCUCUUCAGCAGUUAAUCAUUUACUCGUCAAUUUUUUUAUUAUAAAUUGAGUUAUUCUUUUUGAAAUUGCUGACAUCUAUGGAAGAAUUUGAAAUCGAUCUGAUACUAGAAAACACAAAAUUGAGCAGUAGUCUUUGAUGAAUUUGAAGGUGAAAAUUUGAAUUCGUUAUUGAAUUUCUUCGAAUGAAUAUUUUUGGAUUGGAUUUAAUCGUGAUCCUAAAUGAGAAACAUUCGAUCAGAGCGAUUUUAACCUUCUUCACGAAUUUAACGCUCUGUGAUAGCUCCCUUUCUAUCGUUUUUACUUUUCCAUGUGUCUCGCAAUUUCUUUGAUCAUUUCGUCAAAAUAAUAUUAUCAUGGAUUACUGAAAUUGUGAGACAAAUGAAUUUUUUAUGUAUUGUCUUCUUCUUUUUCUUAUUUCCUUUCUAUUCAUUGUUUUAUUUUUAUUUUACCUAUCAGUACAAUUCUUUUUGUUAAAUUUCAUUCAUUCGUUCUUCUUUUUACAAUUUUUUUUUCUUCUUCUGUAAAAAUGACGUUUCUAUAUUAGUACUAUAUUACUAUUUUUCUUCUUUCUUCA